GAAGGACAAAAGAUCUGUGUGCUUGAGGAUGCUGAAGGCAGGUCUGCUGCGGAUGAUGAGCAGCCUGCUGCCCCAGUUAGCACCCUGGAAGCUCCGCCCGUCCGUCCGCUGUGCGCCUCCUCAGCUCUCAUUCAAAACACAACACAGCUGUUGCGAGACGCGCUGUUGUGCUGCGGAGCGUUGUGGUUUAUAGCAAGCUGCGAAGCGCCGUCCUCUGAUGUGCCCGCUGGAAUACCAUCAGACUGAGACAGAGGAAAACGGGGCAUUUCGGAGAACAGGAUAAACGCUGGAGGGGCCUCUGCGUCAUCGAGUGCAGGCCCCGGUCUCUCAGAUUCUGUUCCUCCAUGCUGUAUUGCAUCAUGUCCCGUCAUGGCAGGCGCGUUUCUGACAUUCUUGUCGUUGGCUUUAGAUGCAUGUGCAGGCUGCAGAAGCAGACCUCUGAGAAAGAGUGGACCCGAUAGAGACGGAGAGAAGAGAAUCCAGAGAAAUAAGCAACUUCCCCUCUGGCACUAUGCGCAUUUGACACACAUUUACUAGAGAGGCCGAGCAGGCUUUACUGCAGCUGAGAGCGAUGACUGGUCUCCUGCGUUGAAGCUCGAUGGUAUGGGAAUGAUGGACCUCCCUAAUGGCCAAUCAAGCCUCUCCAACACAGCUGCAACAGCCUCUGAGAAGAGCAGCAGCUCAGAGUCUCUCAGCGAUAAGGCCUCUUCCGAGCUGAAGAAGAGCUUCGACGCCGUCGUGUUUGACGUGUUGAAGGUCACUCCCGAAGAGUAUGCGGGCCAGAUCACCCUCAUGGAUGCUCCUGUGUUCAAAGCCAUCCAACCAGACGAGCUUUCUAGCUGUGGCUGGAACAAGAAGGAGAAGCACAGCUCCGCUCCGAAUGUCGUGGCCUUCACCCGCAGGUUCAAUCAGACAAGUUUCUGGGUGGUGAGGGAGAUCCUCCAUGCUCAAACGCUGAAGAUCCGAGCCGAAGUGCUGAGUCUGUACAUCCGCACUGCCAAGAAACUGUGUGACAUGAACAACCUCCACGCUGUCAUGGCGGUGGUGUCGGGGUUACAAAGUGCACCCAUCUUCAGGCUCACAAAAACGUGGGCGUUACUGAGUCGAAAGGACAAGUCUACGUUUGAUCGACUGGACUACCUGAUGUCCAAAGAAGACAAUUACAAACGACUGAGAGACUUCAUCAGCAGCCAGAGCAUGGUCUCUUGCAUACCAUACCUAGGGAUGUACCUGUCCGACCUGACCUACAUCGACUCGGCCUACCCGUCCACAGGCAGCAUCUUGGAGAACGAGCAGAGGUCCAACCUGAUGAACAACAUCCUCCGAAUCAUAUCAGACCUGCAGAGAUCUUGCACCUACGAUAUCCCAGUGUUGCCUCACAUCCAGAAGUAUUUGAACUCUGUCAGGUACAUCGAGGAGCUGCAGAAGUUUGUGGAGGAUGAAAAUUACAAGUUGUCUCAGAAGAUCGAGCCAGGCACCAGCACCCCUCGAGCCAACGCCUCCAAAGAGGACCUUGUUGGUCAGGAAGCGUCGUCCUCCCCUCUCUGCGGUCGUAAGGGUUCCGUCGCGGCCGACGUCCCCGCCACUCCUCCGUCCCCCAGGAACCUGCUGCCCUACGGACACAGGAAGUGCCACAGCCUGGGCUACAAUUUUAUCCAUAAGAUGAACACAGUAGAGUUUAAAAGCGCCACAUUUCCCAACGCUGGCUCCCGUCAUCUGCUGGAUGACAGUGUGUUGGAGAGCCACAGUCCCAGCAGGGGACAGGCAGAGAGCUCAACUCUGUCCAGUGGCAUUUCGCUCGGGAGCAGUGAGGGCUCCGAGCUCAGUGAAGAGAUGUCUUGGCCAGCUUUUGAGAGGACUCGGUUCUAUCACUCUCUGGGCCCAGUGACCCGUGUGGCCCGCAUCCCGUACAGAGGAGUCCUGAGGCCCAGCAGCUCGGCCGAGUCGGAGGAACUUGCCGUUCACCUUUAUCCCGGAGCCGUCACCGUCCAAGGGGUGCUGAGACGGAAGACCGUGCUCAAAGAGGGCAAGAAACCAACCGUGGCGUCUUGGACCAAAUACUGGGUCGCGCUUUGUGGAACUCAGCUUUUCUACUACCCUGCCAAGUCCCUGAAGGCCACAGAGAGGAAGCAUUUCAAGUCUUCGUCCAGCAAGAGCGUGUGUGUGGUGGGUCUCAUGGCCAUGAUGGCCGACGAUCCAGAACAUCCCGACGUCUUCUUGCUGACCGACUCUGAGCACGGUAACACCUACAAGUACCAGGCAGGAAACAGGAUGAACGCUUUGCUCUGGUUCAAACAUCUUAGUGCUGCCUGUCAGAGCAAUAGGCAACAGGUACCAGCCAAUCUGAUGUCAUUUGAGUGAGCGGACGGUGAGAAGAGAGGGAUGAGGAAGCGAGGAGGACGAGGAAGUGGAAGCUUUCACUGCCAUGAGCCCCGACAGACUGACUCUCACCCCCCUCCGACCUCACCGCAGCCUCACCUGCCACUACUGCCUUAACCAGAGUUCCUAGUUGUGUGUGUGUGUGUGUGUGUGUGUGUGUGUGUGUGUGUGUGUGUGUGUGUGUGUGUGUGUGUGUGUGUGUGUGUGUGUGUGUGUGUGUGUGUGUGUGUGUGUGUGUGAGCGCAGGUCUGUGUGGAGGCAAGCGACUGCUUUGGAUGUGCUGACCACUGAACAAGGACCUGCACCGCUGCUCCCGACUCCCACUCGCUCUCUGUGUCUUUUGUUCAGCACUCCAGCGGAGCCCUUACACUUCACACACACACACACACACACACACACACUCAGCCACUCAGACUUCAACAUCUGCAGCUUCAUUAGUAUUCUUUCUGAAGAGGCGAGCUCAUUUUAAUCACGUCUUCUUCCAGCUCUCAUUCGGUCAGAACACACUCCAGAGCCAUUUUUACUUGUUACAGUUUUAGUUGCUCGCUUUUGCUUAACGGUCACACACACACACAGAGAAACACACGCGCAACGUUCUGUUAUCACAUCGGUGUUGUACGUAAGGGCUCCAGCUUCUGCAGGAACAGUUCCCUCCUUUCCUGAGUGUGUACAGUUUUUAGUGGAGAACUUGCCCUUGUUUUUCUGUCACUUACUGAAUUUGCUAGAUGUUUGUACAACUGCAUCAGGGCGGGCGGAGCUUCUUUAGAUUUUUCACAAAUCUCAUUUGUGGUCCUCAGUGGUACGAUUAACCCAGAAUCUAAGCUAAGUUCACAGAUGGACAGAUGCUUUCCAGUUUGUUUGCUUUUUUUUUUUUUUUUUUAUUAUUGUUAUAUAUUAUUAUUAUUCCAAUGUUUUCACCAGAGAGGAAAUGCUGCGUUUCCUGGACUCGCGCAUCCAAAACACUAAAGACUUGAAGCUGUGAAAAGUCCAGGAGGGAAAGAAACUAAUGACUCGUGAUUUUAUCUCCUCUGUUCCCCUCUGGCCCAUUUGGUUUGUUGGAGCCUCUGUUCUGGAGCAGACACUCGAAGCUACCCGGAGCCAUUCAGAGUCUGUUUUUAGGCUGGUUUUGUUUUUUUAUUAUUAUUAUUAUUAUUCUCUGUGUUGUUCGGUAUAUGUUUUUGUUGUUUUAGAUGUUUUUGGGGUUUUUUUGCUUCUGGGAGAGAGGGAUGGUGCAGUUCAUUCACAGUAUUACUGUUGCCCAGCAAUGUAGGUUUGUCUGUUACAUAUGAAUGUUUUUUUUUGUGUGUGUGUGUUUUCUUUUUCUACUUUUGGAAUAUUUUCUUUGAAUCCUUUAUUAUUGAUGUGGGAAAUUUUCCACAACAACAACAAAAAAGGAUUUUGCUUGUCCGCUUUAACCAAUCCCGGCUCAGUUUUGGGCUCCUAACAAAAUGGCGUCUUGGGUGGAGAAAACGAAGCCUCAUAGGUUGCGAUUAGUGCCAAGUCAACCUCACUGUUUUUUUUUUUUUUUUUUUUUUUUCCCCCCUUAGGUUGACAAGACAUUAAAGGGUUAUCAGCUAACGUCUGUGGGCCGCAGAAAUCCUAAUGUGAAACACGAGCAGAACCUGGUAGAGGAGAGGGCGACGGAGUGACAUUCAGAAAUGGCAAAUCAUUUUAUGAACAGGUGUUAGUUUACAUUGUACCGGUGCAUCUCGGUAAAUUAGAAAAUUGUCGAAAAGUUAGCUUAUUUCAAUUGAAAUUGUGAAAUAAUAUCAGGCACGCCUUCUGAAUCACUUCCAAACAUCUUUUCCUUCCACUAAACCUUCCUUAAUCUGCCUGGAUACUCAUGUGAACGGCCAGCUUCUGUAGCAGCAGCUAAGUGUGGCUUACCCGACCUGAGCAGUAACAGAUUCCAUUUGCGAAAAGCUACAUUUGUUCAAGUUAACAGAAAUUAAAGCUUGACACUUUUUAAUAGAUCGAUGUAAUAUGAGUUGUAUGUCACUGAAUUACUGAAAUAAGCCACAUUUUUAGUGGCAUAUUCAUUUAUUUAGAUGCACCAGUAUGUUUACAGAGCCUGACCCCUUCACUCUGCCCGCUGUGCCGUACUAGCAGGAGCUGAUUUGUGUACAGGCAACCCGUGUGGCCUGUCUCUGAGGUACAGUGCCGGAGCAGAGCAGGUGGCUAAUGGGCGGCAAAUCUCAGAACCAAUUCUUACCUCCUGUCUUCAUCUCUGAGGUGAUCCCCAACGUCACAGACACGCACCCCCGAUGUAGAAAACGUGUCCUUCAGCACAGCAUACUGUACAGUUUAAUGAUUCAAAAGAGCCACUUUUGUUUUGGUCAGACAUUAUGUAGAUGGAUAGGAUCAGGUUAGGAAAAAAGAGAGAAAGAGACGAACCAAUGGGAGAAUGAAUGAGGAAGCCAAAGAGAGGCAUGUGUAAUGUGUCUCUGUAAGUGUGUGUGAGGGAUGAUUUGGGUGCCUGUUCAUACUUCUCUAUUUUUUUUUUAAAGCAAUGUAAUCAAAGCCAGAUGAAGCGGUCUGUCACUGCAGAGCGGGGGGGCGGCGGGCGUCCAAUUUACCCAAUCAUCCGUGUGAAUAACGGCUGACGCUACGGCUCCACGCCGGCCUGCUUUGCGCUGGACGUGUGAAGAAAAGGCGGACUCUGAAGGGGAAACUGAACCGCAUCAGAACAAGGGACUGCUUAAGAGGGACCGUGCCACAAACUGUGGAGACGGGGCCCGGCCGGGGGUUUGGCCCGAAGGGACAAAGAAGGUUAAAGUGUAUUUAACCGUGGGGGACGCUGGAGGCCGUUUUUCUAACCGGUCGGCGCCGGUUGAGGCGCCUAGUGACUGCAUGAGAAUCAAAGCGAAGAAUGUGAGAAUCUGCAGAGAGGACUGUGGAGCAAAGUAGCUGGGGGAACGGAUCCCCAUCCUGACAGCGAUCACCUUUCUUUUCUUUGCAUUUGCUUUACCUGAUGCUAAUUGACAAUGAUAAAUGAAAUUGCAACCUAUGUAACUGAGUUUUAUACCAGAGCAAAUAAGUGCUUAAUGGGUUAUCUGUGAAUUUGAGUUUAAUGAUCAUGACAAGCACUUUUUGUGAUGUUUUCCCCUCACUGUUACCUGGGUUUACAUUGUUGUUUUUAUUAUUAUUAUUCACUUCUGUACAGCGUAUGGUCAACAUAAUGGAAACCCGUUGAAUUAAUUUUGGGACGUUUCAGUCGUAGAUAUUGAGCCGACAUUGACAUGAGAUCCAUUUUUGUUUCGUGUAGGAGUAGAAACUGCAAGCAGAGCUCAAAGCGCCAGGCUUUACUGCUCUCUGCUUCACCAGACUGUUUCCUUUAAACUGACCAUACUCUCUGCACACGCACAGCUUCCACUGUAUUACCCGUUUCGCGUCGCUAACUUGAGUUCAGUCGAGCAAAAGCGUUCAACCCGAGGAAGUGUUAAGUUUAUUCUCCGAACCAAUGUGACUCUGUGCCACCUGUCGGGUUUCAUUCACUGUUUACCAAGAACGACUACGACGGCUUGACCUUCAGCUGACUCCGUGUGUCUCUGUCUGCCUUUGUGGCGAGCGCUGUGACCUCUCUGAGUGAUGUGCUGCCUGGUGUGAAGACUGAGAACCAAUAAACACUCUGCCCUGUUUUUUUUAUUAUUUUAUUUUUACUCCACACUUCA